AUGUUCUCGAAAUUGGCUGCUUUGCUUUUCCUCCUGCCCUUUGCGGCAGCACAAUGCCCCAACGUUCACGUCUUUGGCGCACGUGAAACGACAGUACCACCAGGCUACGGAACUGCUGCGUCUGUUGUACAGAACAUCGUCAACGCUUACUCCGGCGCAACUUCAGAGGCGAUCACAUACCCAGCAUGUGGCGGACAAUCCUCGUGUGGCGGCGUCUCAUACGCCAACUCGGUUGUCCAAGGAGUCACCGCCGUUACGAACCAGGUCAACUCAUUCAACAGCAAGUGCCCCAACACCGUUCUCGUCCUCGUCGGGUAUUCGCAGGGUGGUCAAAUCUUCGAUGACGCAUACUGUGGUGGAGGCGACACUAACGAGGGUUUGAGCAACACCGCUAUCCCUAUUUCUGCUGCUGCACAAAAGAAGAUUGCUGCGGCCAUCUUCAUGGGAGACCCCCGUCACAUCCCAGGGCUCUCGUACAAUGUCGGAACCUGCCAAGCAUCUGGGUUCGCUCCUCGUCCAGCUGGCUUCCAAUGCCCCUACGCCUCCAACAUCCAAUCCUACUGCGACUCCGCAGACCCGUACUGCUGCAACGGCUCUGACGCUAACACACAUCAAGGCUACGCCAACGAAUACGGUUCGGUAGCACUGACGUUCGUGAAGAACAAGGUCAACGCGAUGUUGGCUGGCGGCGGAACUGGUACCGGUGGAGGAGGAGGUGGAGGAACAACCACAACGACUUCCCAGCCAGCAUCAGGAACGGGUGCUGCGCAUUAUGGCCAGUGCGGAGGAACUGGAUGGACGGGACCGACAACUUGUGUGGCGCCAUACACCUGCACCUACUCAAAUGCCUAUGUGAGUCCUGAAUAUUUUGAGAAGUAUAUUCCGCUUACUAGUACGAUCAAACCACACAGUAUUCGCAGUGCUUGUGAUGGAUGA